CCGCUGCACCUGACGGCCCACCAGGAAGUGUGGCGGACAAAUCCUCGGCCGUUAAUCCCCGCUCGGCUCGGUAACCGGAGACAACGGGCCGGACCGUGCACACUGACCGUCCGCACCGGUUCCGGGCUCCGUCCUUCCCGCCUGCAGCUGCUGCAGAGCCCGCUGCUGCUGAGCUGAGGCUCCGUGAGGCUCCGGGAGCUCCGGGCUCGUCCAUCCUGACUGACAUGGGAUGCUGCGGGAGCGCGGAGAGGACAAAGAGAGAGUGGAGACCGCUGGAGGACCGGAGCUGCACAGACCUGCCCUGGUUCCUGCUCUUCACUGUCUUCUGCGUCGGCAUGGGCAGCAUCUGCGGCUUCACCAUCGUCACCGGCGGCGCCGCUCGCCUCGUCUUUGGCUACGACAGCUACGGGAACACCUGCGGCCAACGCAACGAGCAGAUCGAAGGCGUCCGGCUCAGCGGCCUCGAUCACACCGACCGCAAGUUCGUCUUCUUCUUGGAUCCGUGUAACAUCGACAUCGUUCAGAGGAAGAUCAAAUCUCUGGCUCUGUGUGUGUCUCUGUGUCCUCCUGAAGAGAUGAAGACCCACCAAGACCUGAAGAGGUUCGCCAUGCUCAACGGUUCUGAACUUUGCUCCUACGAGUUAGCGGCUCAUAAAUAUCCGGCUCUACCGGAGAGAUUCUCCAAAUGUCCUAAACUUCCUGUCCCUCCCAGUAAGCCGCUGCCGGUGUUUAACCGCUGCACGCCGCUCGACAUUUCCUGUUACGCCAAGUUUGCGGAAGCCGUGGUGACGUUCGUCAGUGAUAACAGCGUCCUGCACCGCCUCAUCGCCGGCGUCGCCGCCAGCAAAGAGAUCAUCAUCGGACUGUGUGUGCUCGCCCUGGUGCUGUCCAUGACCCUGAUGGCCGUCAUUCGCUACAUCUCAGCCGUCCUCGUCUGGAUCCUCACCGCAUUGGUCGUCCUCGGAUCUCUGGCUGGGACCAGUGUGCUGUGGUGGCUCUACAUCGAUUACCGUCUCUAUGGAAACGACACCAGCACCAAAGUGACGACGGAGGUGACGGAAGAGGAGGAGACACACAGAGACAACGGCCAGGCGCUGCUCGUCUACGCCAUCUCUGCCACCGUCUUCACCAUCAUCCUGCUGCUGUUGAUGCUCUUCAUGAGGAAGCGUGUAGCUUUGACCAUCGCUCUGUUCCACGUGGCGGGGAAGGUCUUCAUCCAUCUCCCCCUGCUCACCCUGCAGCCCUUCGUCACCUUCCUCGCCCUCCUGCUGUUCUGGAUCUACUGGAUCCUGGUUCUGCUGUUCCUGGGAACCACAGGGAACCCAGUGCAGAACGAGGAGACGGGUCUGACGGAGUUCCGGCUGACGGGGCCUCUACAGUACCUGACCUGGUACCACGCUGUGGGUCUGGUCUGGAUCAGUGAGUUCAUCCUGGCCUGCCAGCAGAUGACUGUGGCUGGAGCCGUGGUCACCUACUACUUUACCAGGGACAAGAACCGGCUCCCGGUGACGCCCAUCCUGUCCUCGGUCCUGAGGCUGCUCCGGUACCACCUGGGCACCGUCGCUAAAGGAUCCUUCAUCAUCACGCUGGUGAAGAUCCCCCGACUCGUCCUCAUGUACAUCCACAACCAGCUGAAAGGAAAGGAGAACGCGUGCGCUCGCUGUCUGCUCAAAACCUGCAUCUGCUGUCUGUGGUGUUUGGAGAAGUGCCUCAACUAUCUCAAUCAGAAUGCAUAUGCAGCCACGGCCAUCAACAGCACCAGUUUCUGUACGUCUGCACGCGAUGCCUUCGUCAUCCUGGUGGAAAACGCUCUGCGCGUCGCCACAAUCAACGCCGUCGGAGACUUCGUGCUCUUCCUGGGGAAGAUCCUGAUCGUCACAUCGACAGCGUUCGCCGGCGUUCUCCUCCUGAACUACCAGCGGGAUUACGCGGAGUGGCUGCUGCCGCUCAUCAUUGUCUGUCUGUUCGCCUUCCUGGUGGCUCACUGCUUCCUGUCCAUCUUUGAGAUCGUGGUAGACGUUCUCUUCCUCUGCUUCGCCAUCGACACCAAGUACAACGACGGCACCCCAGGGAAGGAGUUCUUCAUGGACAAAGCUCUGAUGGAGUUUGUGGAGAGCAGCCGGCGGUUGGAGCGAGCAGUGGAGCGUGGGCGGAGCCGGGUGAAGGAGGCGGUAUCGGAGGGGGCGGAGAUGAAGCCCAUGGCUCCGGGGACGAGUUCAGCUUGACGUUGAUGAGGUGUUGAGGAGCGGCUGGGACUUGUUAAACACAGAGAGACAUUCCAAAUGUUUAUUUUUACCAACGUGUAACAUGUUUACUAUGGUUUCACUCCAGGGAAAACGAUAUUUUAAUAAGAACUGUAAAAACGUAACCAUGUAAUGAAGCACUUUAUAUUGAAGCGCUGCAGAUUUUAAACCGGCUGAUGCAUUUUUUCGUAGUGAUGUCGUUUUUUAUAAAACUAACACGUCUGCAGUCCCUGAACGCAUCGUCUGUCUGCGGCCCCUGAACGCAUCGUCUGUCUGCGGUCCCUGAACGCAUCGUCUGUCUGCGACCCCUGAACGCAUCGUCUGUCUGCAGCCCCUGAACACAUCGUCUGUCUGCAGCCCCUGAACGCAUCAUCUGUCUGAGGCCCCUGAACGCAUCGUCUGUCUGCAGCCCCUGAACGCAUCGUCUGUCUGCGCCCCCUGAACGCAUCGUCUGUCUGAGGCCCCUGAACGCAUCGUCUGUCUGAGGCCCCUGAACGCAUCGUCUGUCUGCGGCCCCUUAACGCAUCGUCUGUCUGCGGCCCCUGAACGCAUCGUCUGUCUGCGGCCCCUGAACGCAUCGUGUCGCUCACGCAGCUUCUUCACGCCGACAGCCAAUCACAGGCUCCCCACCUGGACGCCAUGUUGGAUCGGGAACGCUGUGAUGUCAUCAAGGGGAGGGGGCGGCUAGAGAGCUCCACGUCUGAUUGGUCGACAGAUGAUUGUGAGAGACUGACAGCUGAUUGGUCGCUGGUAUCAAAACACCUUGAGACCUGUAAAGAAUCAACAUGUUGGAUCGGGAACGCUGUGAUGUCAUCGUGAGGGCGGAGCUUCCUGUCCCGACCACACGGGAGGAGGAGGGUCACAUGACUGCACAUUAUCACACGUUUCGAACAGGAAGUGAACUGAUUAUUGAUUAUUGAUCGCGGCUUCUUCUUCAUGUCCGAUCUGUUUAAACUACACUACCCAUGAGCCUCGGCUGCUGCUGCUGUGAAAAAGCAUGAGUUGCCGUGGUUACCGAGGUCACUCAGAUUGACCCAGAAAUCCAGUUUAAGCUCUGUGAUUGGCUGUUUCUUGCUGAAAUGCACCCUGGGAGUCGUAGUUUACUAAAGAAGAAGAAUAUUUUUAUUAAUACUUCCUGUUUAAAGCUCGGCUAACUUGUCACAUGGUGAUGACGUCAUCACUUAAAAACCUUCAGUCAUGUGACCCUCGGCUCAAACAGCCAAUCACAGCCCACAGGCGGGAGAAGUGGGGGCGGGGCUUCCUGCAGAGGUCAGCAAUAAAACAAACUGCAUCAUGUGACCACGUCAUCGUCGUCAAUGACAACGAGUCUUCCUGCUUCAUCUUCCUCCAGGAAAAGGUUCAACUUCCUGUUCAGGAAGUGAACCUUUGAGCUGGCGGUGAAACGUCCUGCAGCCUGAACGCACCGUGAUGUGUUCACUGACACCACGUUAAAAAAAAGAGACUCAUUUUCUAAAGUUACAUGAAAUUCAAUGUCUGUCAGAUUCGAACAGAGUUUAAAAUGUUCAGCUGCACAUUUUGUUCUGUUGAUCAGAGGAGAACGGGGUCAGAGGUCAGUCUGUUAAAAAGAGGCGGGGCUCAAAUGUUCAGGAUUUGGAUGAGAUGUUAGUUUGAUACUGAGAUGAGAGGAGCGUUUAGUGUUUUUCUCCUUUUACACAAUAAAAUAAUAAUAAAGUAUGAAGAGAGCGGCUGUUAGCUUCCAGCUGGGUCGGUCGUCACAUGAUGGGAUGGAUCAGACACUCACACUCAUCAUCAGUUACGGAUUGCUUCAAUCUCCAGUCAAAUCACAACUAUACGGAAACUACGUCAAUAAAUGCACGUAAAAAUAUAUCACACAUAUAUCCAUCAUAUAACCAGACCCCCCCCCCAUGAACCAACACCCUAACUGAGGCCUAUUGGUUGAUGAUGAUUACAUCACUCCACACCCAGGUAUCAUUUAAUAGAUACUAGCUACACAACAUCAGGGACAACGAUGUGGACGCUUCAGACUGCUUCACGUUAACAGUGAAUCUGUUCAGUAUGAAGUUUAUGAGGAAUUUAAAGGAGAAUAAAACUGUGACUACCAACUCCGUUCUCCUCUACUGAUGUUCUGAUGUCAGAUAUUAAACUUUGUCAUAGUUCAGAAACGUGAGCUUUGUAGAAAAGCUUCAACUUUUUCUACCAAAUGACAUUUUUUCUUCUUAUAAUCUGACUGUUUUUUCCGACAUUUUUCUCCAAAUAUUGAAAUGUCUUCUCGCAUUUUCAGAUUUUUUUCGUGACAUUAAGAUUUUUUAAAAACUUCAUAUUUUUGGUAUUAUUACGACUUUCUUUCUUUAAUAGUUAAAUAUCAACUCCUCACGCAUGCUCAUUAACAGCCGACUGUUCUGUAGCCGUGGUUGCUAAGGUGGUUGCUAAGGCGGAUGCUAAGGUGGUUGCUAAGGUGUUUCCACAGCUCCUACGGAUCGAUGUGAAAAGUCGACAUUUGGAGUAAAGAAGGAGAAAAAGAAGUGAAAUCCUAAAGCUGACCAAUCAGAGCAGAGUGGGCUCAUGUUGGGGGGGGGGGGGGGGGUUCGCUGCAGUUUGUUCAACACUAUAAGAAAUACUACACUACCCAUGAGCCUCUUAAGCUGUUGCUAUGGAGACGUCGUUAGCGUCGGCAGAAUUUUAAGCUCUGUGAUUGGACGUUUGUAGCUGAAAUGCAUCUUGGGAUUUGUAGUCGGCUAUUUUCAUAAAAAAACUGAAAAAAGAACACAGAGCCGCUGCAGCUGAUUGGCUGACACACGGAGCCGCUGCAGCUGAUUGGCUGACACAUGGAGCUGCUGCAGCUGAUUGGCUGACACACGGAGCCGCUGCAGCUGAUUGGCUGACACACGGAGCCGCUGCAGCUGAUUGGCUCAGAGCGGCAGCGUGAUGUUUGUUUGUGUGACUUUUCCCAUCAUCAUCAUCUUCAUCAUCAUCUGUGUGUCAGAGUUCCAGCAGCAGAUUUUACACGCCAGUCACAUGAUUCAGUUGCGUGUGCAGACAUUAACCUGAAGAACACGUGUCUGUGUGUGU